AUGAGGCAGUCGCGCCUGUCCAUCAUCUUUGCUGUAGCGCUCUUUUUCAAGUGCUACGCUCUGACAGUGGCAUUACCCAUGGCCAAGGCUGAAGACGGCUCCUUGGAACAGGAUGCUUUUACCUCCCUGCUGAACGAUGAGGCCACGGAAAACAGCCUAGGCGAUGCAGAGCUGUCCUCCAUGACCAAAUCCAGAGCUCCGAAGGUAAUCGUCAUCGCCGCUGAUGCAAACCUGUGGAGGGACCUGCGGGUGCUGCACAACGGGCUACCCCUCUACAAGCGCAGAGUCGACGAAAACAACCAGGUUGUCGAGCACAAAGAUGUCGGACAGGACCUGACCAUCCCCAUCCUCAGGAGAGACACCAUGAGGUGCAUGGUGGGACGAGUGUAUCGGCCAUGCUGGGAGGUGUAG